UAACAUUGUACAAUAUAUUUAAUUGCACAAUAAGAUUGAAUUGCGUUUUGAAUCCAAACGCUCAAUUAUAUUGCCCAAUUUUAAGAACUUCGGAAAUUGUGCAAUGUUUUUGUGUUCAGUCGGAAAAUAGUUUGAUCCAAGCAACAUGUCCGCACAAGAUUUAGCUGCAGCUGUACUAUUAUUGCUUGUGGCUAAGCGUAAACGUAAACGAACACGUCGUUGGUCGAAAGAUUGGUACUUGAAAAGGCCAAAAUACACUCACGAAAAUCUCUUAAAAGUCUUGAUGUUAACUGAGGAAAAUGACUUCAAGAAUUAUGUACGACUGGAUUUGGAACAGUUUCAAGAGCUACUAAAAUUGGUUGCGCCAUUGAUUGAGAAAAAAAAUACAAACAUGAGGGAAGCAAUACCACCUUUUCAACGGCUUUCAAUAACAUUACGGUAUCUAGCCACUGGGAAUACUCUAGAAGAUUUAAAGUUUCACAGUGCUAUUUCCCCACAAAGUCUUUCCCUAAUAAUUAUGGAAACCUGCGAUGCCAUAAUAAAGGUUUUGAAUAAAUUAAUCAAGCUACCACAAACUGCCGAGGAAUGGAAACAAGUUGCCAAGGAUUUUGAGAGCCAGUGGAAUGCUCCUCAUGUAAUCGGUGCUAUAGAUGGCAAGCACGUGGACAUAAAGAAACCUCCUGGUUCUGGAUCAUACUACUAUAACUACAAAAAAACAUUCAGUAUUGUGUUAAUGGCGGUUGUAAAUGCUAACUACGAGUUCAUUAUGGUUGAUAUAGGGACUAAUGGGCGCGUAUCAGAUGGGGGUGUGCUGCAGAAUACAACAUUUGGACAGCAAUUAAAAAAUAACGCUUUAAAUAUUCCACCACCUGAAUUGUUGCCUGGAAGUUUCCGAAAACUUCCAUAUUUUUUUGUUGGAGAUGAUGCCUUUCCAAUGUCUCAAAAUUUACUGAAACCUUAUAGCCAAACUGGAUUAACAAAAGAAAAACGUAUAUAUAACUAUCGAAUAUCGCGAGCUAGAAGGAUGGUUGAAAGUGUUUUCGGUAUACUAGCUACUCGUUUUGGAGUAUUUCAAAGAGCAUUUCCUUUUGAUCCUACAAAAGUAAGAAAAAUUGUUUUGACUUGUUGUUAUCUACACAAUUUUUUGAGGAAAUCCCGUUCCUACUUAUCUCCAUAA